UCUUCCUCCCUCCCACUGUCGAGUCCCCACCUUGUUCCAGUCACACACACACAGACUUUCACUCAUCGGCCUUCACAUUGCUGUGAUUUUCACUUCUUGCUUGUUGCAACAUCAGCGAAGGGUGCCCAUGUGACGGAAAGCAGUCAUGGAAGAAGCACAGCGAAUCGAUCUGACCUACAUCACUGAACGCAUCAUCACCAUCCUCUGCCCGCCUGAAUGUUCGGACGAGAGAUACCUGCAAAACCUGCAGGAGAUUAUUGUCAUGCUGCAGUCCAAGCACGGACACAACUACAUGCUUAUCAACCUCUCACAGAAGAAUGACACCCUGACCCGAAUGAGGCACAAGGUUUUGGACACAGGUUGGGUGAAUCUUUUGGCUCCUAACCUGGAUCAGAUCCUCAGUGUUUGCGCAACGAUGGAGAACUGGCUGCAAACACAUCCGAAGCAUGUCCUGGUUUUACACUGCAGGGGAGAGAAAGGCCGGCUCGGAGUUCUGGUGGCUUCUUACAUCCACUACAGCAACAUUACAGCCAGUGCAGACCUUUCUCUUGACUACUUUGCCAUGAGGAGGUUCUACAACGACAAACUCUCCGCUCUGAUGACCCCAUCGCAAAAACGAUAUGUGUGGACGCUGGGCAGCAUGUUAAAGGGGGGAUUGAUGAUGUCUCCCUCCCCGUCUUUCCUCCUCUGUGUUGUUCUUCAUGGUCUGCCCAAAAUAAGACCAGAUGGAGGCUGCUGUCUCUUCCUGAGAGUCUACCAGCGUCUACAAGCUGUUUGCACAUCAGCAGUCUACCAUGUCAAUGCAGUGCAGACAGACCAGCUCUACGUCGUGCUCCAGCCAGCUCAGCUGCUCAAGGGCGACAUCAUGGUGGUCUGCUAUGACAAAAACAGCGUCUCGUCCAGCCGUCAGGUCGUCUUCCGUCUCCAGUUUCAUACGGGCCUUGUGCACGGACACACCCUCACUUUCUUCAAGGCGGACCUCGACUGUGCCAGCGAAGAUCCUCGGUUCCCAGAAGAUGGAAAAGUGGAGCUGCUGUUUUCUGACAGCCCUGAAAAGAUCAGAGGCAGAGAGCUGUGGCACAACGGCCGCUGUGUGACGGUGGACUAUGACACCUUGGACCCUUUGGUGAGACGGGAUUCGUACCAACGCACGUCUCCUGUUGAAUCAGCUCCACCUCACGUCUUCGACCCUGGAAAUGGCAGCUUGUGUGGCGGAGUGAGGAAGAAGAGUAACGAGGAAGGACUCUUGUUCUCCCUGACGACCAACAGCCCCGGCUGCAGUGACCGAGCUCCCUCCACCAGCAGCGAUUCAGGCCUGUCUGUUGCUUCACAGGGGCGGACCGGAGCGGGACAGAGGACAGGGCUUCCACGGGAUAAGAGUACCCUGACGGGGAGGCUGGUCUCUGCGGUGGACUUUGAGAUUGCUCAGCCUCUUCUGGAGGUCAUGACUGAACUUGCUGCCUGCGGAGGGGAGGGGGACAUGGCUGGAGACGAGUCUGGAUUGGGACUUACUAUCAAUGGAGAGGCUUCGUCCAGCGAGAGGGAAACUGAUAUACUAGAUGACGAGGAUGAAGUCGACGGCGAAGCAGCUUCUGCUUUAGACAUGCCGAGCUCGAGCUCGAUCUGUUCCCUGUCCUCCGACAACCUGCCCGAAACUCAAAGCGAGUACUCCACACACUCCUGGGUCCAGCAGCAGCAGAUGGCCGAGGUCGUAACUGAUUCCUACCCUGAAUGCGACAGGGUGAACAGGCUGAGAAAAGAGAAGCCGCCACCUCUGGUUGUUCCUGACACACCAACUCGAGGAGUCAGCAGCAGGGCAGCGGUGCAGAGAGGACUGGUGGACGAGGACAAAGACGUUACACACAGUAACACGCAGUCUGUCAAUAAUACACACACGUCCGAGCAAGACGAGGAUUUGGCGUCGUUAAACACAGACAUUGACGAGUCCAUAGAGCAGCUGAACCAGCUGAUUCUGGAUUUGGACCCCACCUUUGUUCCUGUUCCCACCCGAUGUGCCCCACUGUCCCGCUCUGCCUCCCUCCACACCAACGGCCUCAGCCACAAGGGAAACACAAACCAGUCAGGUUGGAAGAAGCAGAAGCAGUUCACUGAUGUGGUGGACUACGCCGGUUAUCAUAGUCCGGGAUGGAAUGGGGGUAGCGCUCAGAGCUUCAGUCCCUCCUUCUCACCAUCACAGCAUGGGCAUCUCUACACAACCAACAGCGUGGACUAUCGGGGACAUACAGAUAGCUCCAACAUCGUCCCUCCCACUCCGGCCUUCCCAGUGUCUCCUCCGACUCCCUAUGUGAAACAUUUCUCGGAGCUUUCCCAGCUCAGGACUGGUGGACAGUGGGAUCAACACAGCUGGACACAAGAUUCCCGGAGUUUCCUGGACAGUAUGAACCACGCCGGCGGCUCCACAGAGGGAGACCUCUUCAGAUCGGAGGUGUCGGUCACUCCCGCGUCCUGUCAGAGGAUCUUUGGCUCCAUGUGCUCGGUGUCAUCAGAGAGCCCCCUCCCACACACAGACAGCUCCACCCCUCCUCCUGUGUGGCAUGACCGGACACCAAACUCCCUGAACUCCCCGUAUCCCCCCCAGCCCUCACCUCCUCUCUCCCUCAGCACUCCGAAUGCCCACAGCUCUCCCCGGGGUGCUCUCAAAGGCCUGGGUGGAGGCCUGGGGGUCCACAGGACAGCGACAGACGGCGCAGACUUGUCCUCGUUGUUGUUGGGGAACGGCGGCCUGGAGCACAGCCUGCUGGAGGCCAUGGAGGGCCUUGGGAGCCUGAAUCUCGGGGGACACGGAGGCCUCCCUCCAUUGCUCCCUGAGAAGAGGAGAGGGGGUGAGGGGAUGGAGCUUGGCUCACACUCCCCCUCUCUAAGCGGGUUUUCCAGCCCGCACAGUGGAAGCAGUCUCAGCAUCCCAUUCUCGUCUCCCAUGACCCCCGACCCCCUCAGAGGACUCAGUGGGGCCCAGUCACCGGGAGCAGACUUUGGCAGUAAGCAGGACACUGUGAAGUUUGUUCAGGACACGUCCAAGUUCUGGUACAAGCCUGACAUUUCCAGAGACCAAGCCAUCCAAGUGCUAAAGGACAAAGAGCCGGGCUCGUUCAUUGUCAGAGACAGUCAUUCAUUUCGUGGGGCGUAUGGACUGGCCAUGAAGGUUGCCACGCCGCCUCCGUCUGUUUUACAACAGAGUAAGAAAGUGGGCGACCUGUCCAACGAGCUGGUGAGACACUUCCUGAUCGAGUGCACGCAGAAAGGAGUCCGUCUGAAAGGCUGCCCCAACGAGCCAUACUUUGGUAGUCUCACAGCUCUGGUGUGUCAGCACUCCAUCACCCCCCUGGCUCUGCCCUGUAAACUCAUCCUGCCUGACAGAGGUAAACUAAACCCGGUGGAGGAGCUGAAUGACUCGUCUGCACAGACGUCGACAAACUCGGCGGCCGAACUCCUCAAACAGGGAGCAGCGUGUAACGUGUGGUACCUGGGCUCGGUGGCGUUGGAGUCUCUGACGGGACAUCAGGCGGUCCAGAAGGCGACCACGAUGACUCUCUCCAUGGAUCCCCCACCAGCGUCCACCGUCGUCCACUUCAAAGUGUCGGCGCAGGGCAUCACGCUCACCGACAACCAGAGGAAGUUGUUCUUCAGGAGACAUUACGCCGUCAACACCGUCAUCUUCUGUUCUCUGGACCCACAGGGCAGGAAAUGGACAAGAGACAGCGUCUCUACUGCAAAGAUCUUUGGAUUUGUAGCCAGGAAAUCUCAGACUGAGACCGACAACAUGUGCCAUCUGUUUGCCGAACACGACCCCGAGCAGCCGGCGAGCGCCAUCGUCAACUUUGUCUCAAAAGUCAUGAUUGGGUCACACAAGAAGUAACUGGACUGAGGAUCAACUUCCAACCCCCAACCCCCAACAAUUCUUCCUCCCAGGUGCCAAAAACUAUGAAUCCACAAACUCCAGAACCUGGUUCCUUUAGGUCCGUCCUGCAGAAUAAACUUAUUUCGUACUGACAGCUCUGCAGGACGCCGCCACCAGAGGGAGCCAAGAGUGUACAAAGUUAAACUGGUGAGCCGGAGGCUGUGACUGCUUUAAGAUGCAUCCUUGGUAAUGUGUAUAAAAUGUGUAUAUAAUCGUUUCUGCCACCGGAUCCAGUAUGAAAAUCAAACAUAGUCACUUUAACUCACCUGCAUCUUCAGACUUACUCUUUUUGCUUGAUGCCGACAGUCACAGCUGACAAAUAUAACACACUCACUCGUGAUCAAACCUGGAUGAUAUCAGAUAUUCUGCGCGUGAACACAUAUUUUAAGUAUGACAAUAAUAAUGUGAGCUGUUCUUUUGGUAAAAGUGGUUUCGACAUCACUUUCUGUGCAAACCGCGGGCCCAUUUUUAAAACGGAAACAACGUGACAAAGCCAAUAAUGUGGUCGCCUUGUACUUAAGAUGGAUUUACUGUGUUGUGUUUAUAGUAUUUAUCCCUUUAUACAGAUGUGUAAAAGUAUCUUUUUCCUAAAUACACUUGUCAUAUAUUUUUGUAUAUUAACACAUACUGUACAUUAGGAUUAAAGGCAGCGUACCUCAGAAUGUAAACACUUAUGUCACACGUUGUUGUUGGACGAAUACUGUGUAGUAUUUUACCUGUAAGAUACUACAUCAGCUGCCCGUGUAUACUUGUUGUAUUACUAAUAUAGAUGUCAAUAUGUUCCUUAUUCAGUAACACAGUAAUACAGAUUUAUGUACAGUCAUUGUGCCAUUCAUCUUUAGUAAGAGAUCAAACACACUCACUGUGAUUAACGUCAAACAUCAGUAUUUUUUCUCUCAUUCACAGCUUCCCUGCGUCGUCAAAUCGUGUUUUGCUGAUGUGUAAAUGAAUGAUCGGUUAUCAAAGCGUGUCUAACCCUGACAUCUUAUUAAAGCGUUUGUGCGCCCAAGUUACAUCCAAGAAAAACA